UAGUUGCAAUGACAAUACACUGUCAGAAUACACCAGAGGAUCUUCAUCUAGAGUGCGUGUGUUCCCAAAAGUCGUGUUCUUGGACUAGUGCUCAAACUCAUGAGGAAGUGUUUAAAGAAAAAGUGUCUUAAAAUGAAAAUGUUGAAUGUUGAGGUUAUAACUGUGUGUUUUAGUUUAAAUUUUUUGUUGUGAAGGGUAGUGAACAUGAUGAGGAGUGCUUCAAGGGUGGUUCAAGAAACUCAGGGAAAUUUGUGACUAAUUCGUCAUAGAUUUUGAUCAAAUGUAAUAUAUUAAUGGAAUUGGUAUCCUGAAGGUGGUAACUCCGUUAUGAGACGGCCUUUGAAGCUGUUUCUUUGGUUAGUUUUGGUGAAUUUAAGUACAGUAACAGCGGAAGAAGGAUUGGACAUCACCAAGGUUGAUAUAGCACAAUUGGCCACACAUGCAUAUGGAACAGAACUGAUAUUUUUGGAAAAUGCCCACUACACAGAACACCAGUCCUACAAGUUUGAAGACUUUUUCUGGACAGGUUCUGGAGAUGGAGCAACAGAAGAUAACAUUUGGGUUUCCGAAUCACCGGGUGUCAUAUACAAGACCUCCACUGUUGUAUCGACUGUUUUUGUGGAAACAUCUAAAACACCAUAUAACGAGUCUACAACUCCAAAAGCACUUUGCACCAACGACUGUGAUAUUCCCGAACCUCCAUCUAAUGAAAUAAAUCCAACACCGACCCAGAAUGAAGGUAAUGAUGGAAAAUCAGGAAGAAAUCAUGAUCAUGAUGGAUCUGAUGACGAUUUCCUGGAUGCUGGAAGACAAUUUUGGCUGGUCACAGUGCUGAGAAGUGAUGGGAAGGAUCCUGCGAUCGUUGAUCUCAAAAAUAGUCUGGCCAAGCUGUACAAAGUAGCAUUUCAAAGACAGCAAGAUCAGCAUCUGGGACUGGCACCAAAUCGUCAGAAGCGAGCUCCAAUUGACCAACCUGUGAACGUUCACAUUCACAAAAUAGACAAACAGAAACUAAAUGGUGAUGACAAAAUCGAAGUACUGUAUCACGUGGAAGUACUUGGAAAACCGGUAGAUGCCUACACUGCAGCCAAUGACAUGAAGUUAGUUACUGAUGACGAGGUUCAAAAAGCUUUGGGCUACCCAUUUCUUAUAAAAGCUGAACCAUAUUUGAAGGCUUCUGAACCAAUGAGCCUGUCUGGAGCCAGAAACACCUGGUUUGUUAUAGGAGCAUCUAUCAUGGGCAUACUGCUUUUACUGUUGGUUUUGGCUUUUCUAAUUUUGGGUUUCGCAAAAAGAAAUGUUACCUCACCAAAAACUAGUGCUUUGGGAAUAGACAACAGGAGACACAUUUUUGAAAGAGGAGUGGGACCAGAAAACAAAGGCUUGGUUCAAGAUGGCGACAGUAUUACCCAAGAAAGAAAUAAAGAUUCUCCCACCUAUAUUAAUUUUGACAAUCAACACACUAAUGCGGGAUUGGUUUUGAGGGUUGCCAGUUCAGCUAGUGUUACAUCAUCUAGCUCAAGUUCCCUGGAUAUUUCUCCACUAAUGUCCCUAUCAAAAAAGCGAAAAACACCAAGAAAACCAACUAGACCAAGAGCAGCCUUGAACAAAACCGUUCCAUUGAACAUGUCCAUGAGGAAGUUCCCUCCAGAGGUGUUUGAUUCAGAUAGCGGUACUUCCAGAAAAGACGAAUCUCCUGAUUUUGAAGAAAAUAUGGAUCCUGGAGUUAUGAGUCCUAAGAGUUAUCUCUCUAUGCCUAGCGUUAGAAGUUUCCCAAGGACAAAUAUGCCCGAGCCUCUUGCGAAAGUACUGGAGCCUGUUAGUGUGACGCAUCUGGAUAUGCCCAAUGAUGAGGUGGAGUACUCAAAUGAGAGGAGAUAUGGAUCUGAGUAUAUGGUUAGGCAUGGUAGUGUAGGUACAGUGGAGGAUCCAGGAGUUAUUGGGCCUGCUGUGUGGAAUAUGCAUUGUGAAAGAUUAAAGCAUGGUGUAAGUGUGGAUCAAGGAAUUAGUGAUCUCAAGGAUGGCCAAACAAAUGGAAAUAUAGCAAGGAUGAGGAAAAGAUUCCAUGAUUUACUUGAUGACACAUUUAGCCUCUUUGGAAGUAGCAGAAAAGGGAGCCCAGUGAAAUUGACUGCCGAAAACAGAAGCACAUCAAUAAAUAUAGAAGUUAAGAGUCAUUCAGCCAUAGAAACCAGACCAGAUGAACCAGAAUCCAACCCUAUAAUACGACCCAGACCGAAAACUACCGGAGCCAAAAACCCAGAACCACACUCUUCCGGUCCCAGCUGCGCUUGGAGCAGCACAGCUCCGUCUCCUCUGAUUCGACCAGUCAGCGCAGCACCCAUUCUACCCAGCGCAGCUUCUAGCAAUGCUUCCAGCAGAGUACCAACAGCACCAGGAAUUGAUUCUGGACUUAGGAGAAUGUCCAGUGGUGCUUUGGGCAGUUCUGAAAACCUGCCAAGAGUGAACGUGGAUCAUGUUCUAGCUGAGGGAAGGUUUAGACCGAGUGAUCCUGCUAUUUCGGUUAUUGAGGCUAUUAAAAGUGAGAUAGAGAGGGUUUCGUUGCCUGGUAGUACUACAGAUUUAAAUAGGUGAUUAUUAAAAUAGGGAUUUGUUAAAAAUUUUUGUUAUUAUACCACGAAAAUAUUGUUCCUCUGGUCAUCGGGACAAAAACUUUGAUACAUAAAUAACUAUUUUAACAUUUAAAAGUAUCUUGUAGCUUUUUCUAGUUCUUUUGUAGUACCAAUGUUAAAAUAGUCUUCGUUUUCAUAACUUUUUGACAGCAUUUUGUCUGUCUUUAAUACACAAAUUCUAACUAAAAUUAAUGAAAUACUCUGUAUGUAAUAUGUAUUAUACUAUUAAUUUGAUUUGUUGAAAUUAUAACA